AUGGUGGAGUGGGAUCCGGAGAGGAGACGGAGAAGGCGGUCGACGCUUGCAGGUCCUGCCGACAAAGAAGAUGCUCCGGCAACCGUUUGCUUGGCUUCACUCCGUUAUGGUUGCGCUGGCAUGCUAAAAUGGCGUGAGGUGCAUAAAAGUGAUAUUGGCAAGCAGGAGCAACUUGAUGAAGCAUAACUGUUCCUUACCGUUGUUAUUGUUGUUGUUGUUGUUGUUGUUGUUGUUGCAUCGUGUUCCUUGCCACUGUUUUUGUUGAAGAGUGUUCCUUAC